AUGAUAUACGGCUACGUCUUCGAAAAUUCAUGCAUCCAGCUUGAUGCGAAGCAUUUGGAGCACGCAUGUCCCACUACUCAUUUCCAAAACUCUUCCAGGCAACUGAUAGACUUCAAAUUCUUCGCUGCCGAUACUGUUAUCAAGAACGAGCUAGCUGAAGCAUGGUACAAAGAGACGACCUUCUGGACCACAGAUCCCAGCACGAUCAGUUCUUGCCUCUCUCGGUUCAGAUGGAGUGCUGUCUUACAGGCUAACCCAUUCGGCCUGAUCCGAAACGUCGAAAUCUGGGUACCUGUUGAUGUCAAUCAAGAAAACGUCGAAGAGCCCUUCGAUUUGGCAAAAGCUGAUCCUCUGUUCCAGCUUCAUGAGACUACAACCAUUAGGUUCGCUCUAGGUGGUCCCGAUCGCAUGGACUUUGAUUGGCCAGGCGUGCCUUACGGCACCGCGGUGGAUUAUGCGCGGGACAUAGAGUACUUGUUCCCACUCUUCGCCAAUCUAAGAGAUGCGGGAUACAAGGUCAUAGUGGGACCAGACUGGAAUAGGAGGGUCGUGUUUGAGCCGGAUGCCACUCAGGAAACAAUGAUCGAGAUGAUUUGUGAGUCUCUUGAUAAGCAGAAGUCUCUUGGGUAUUGCUCGAUGUGGUUACAGUAUCGCACGCAUGGCGUUUGA